UCGAGCGCGCUUCACAAGUUUAGUGCAGCUUCGACGUUUAGCUUAUCAGCUUCAACGCUUCUUCCAAAUUCAAUCAAGAUGCAGUACUGGAACGUGCUUUUGGCGGCGUGUGGCUGCCUGGUGGUGUUAGUGAGCUCCGAACAGACGUUGCAGCAGCAGCAGCAGCAGCAGCAACAGUUGCAGCUGGAACCCAUGGGGGAAUCGCUGGCUGAAAAUGAUGGAUCGCAGGCACACAGCCGAGCAAAGAGAACUCUAUUCCUCAAGAAGAAACUGAUUGGGGCCGGUCUGCUUGGCUUUGGUCUUGGUGCCGUCAAGGGGUACAAGUUCGGCUACCACAGUGCGCCGGAGGUGCACCACGUGAUCUACGCUCCCCCGCCACCAGCUGUAAAGUACGUCGAGUUCGUAGAGAAGCCAGUUUACUUGGAGAAGCCAGCGUUCAAGCCACACGUCGAAUACGAACCGGCCUGGUCACCUCCGGAGCCCUCGCCCGUAUAUGGACCAUCGUGGUAGCUGGCCGCAUUGACUUGCAUUGGACUUCGCUAUCGAUUCAGGACGACCUCAAUGCUCAGUCAUCGCACUCAAGACUAUAUAGCUACUUACUUAGG